AGCAGUGGUAUUAGGUGACCUGUCUAUGUUUAGUGGAGUGCCGUGGCACGGGUGUGUAAAUGUAAAUGGAGUGACGUCAGGAUUUACCAUAAUUUGACACCAACACGUUGCACAAGAGCCUCCUUGCGACUUACGCCAAAACGCCAGGACCCACGUAACAAGUCAUCAUCAUGGCGGUCGAUGUAACGUUACAUGUGGAAUGACUCUGUUGUCAACGACAAAAGCGCAACACGGGUGCCAUAUAUAACUCUACAAGCUUCCACUUGAGUUUCUUUGGUAGUUCAGGCAUAGCAAGGGGCUCCUAUCAUGCCUCGGGCCAGACGAACGAGCCGAGUGCGCAGGAGAAGGCGUCAACUGUCCGAGGCCGACUUGAGACUGCGGAUGGCGGUAGCGAAUGGCGACAUCAGCGAACUACGCGCCUGGACUUCGGACGGAGACGUGAACGAGUUAGACUGCAGUGGGUGGUCUCUGCUUCACCUGGCAGCGUCUAGAGGGAGGGAGAGAUGUGUCAGAGUCCUUCUGGAACAUGGAGCAUUGGCAGCUGUACAGGAUUCCAUCGGUGGCUUCACGUCUCUGCACUAUGCCGCCAUGCACGGCAGGACUCGCAUUGCCAGACUCAUCCUGGACUGUCAGCAUUCCGACGCUGUCAUCAACGCCUGCAGCAACGACGGCUGGACCCCCAUGCACGUGGCCGCUCACUAUGGGCGCGAUGACUUCAUCCGCGUGCUGGUGGACUACCGGGCCAAAGUGGAUGCUCUGAGCGACAAGGGAACCACGCCGCUUCAGCUAGCCUUGAUCAGAAAUAGGUUCUCUUGUGUAAAUCUCUUGCUGGAUGCAGGUGCAGACAUCAACAUCCAAUCAGGUUUCCCUCUGAGAUACUCUGUGAUUAAAGGUUACCUCCCAUUGGGCAGGACGCUCCUCCAGAGGGGGGCUGAACCCAACCUGGGACGGCCGGAGGACGGGGAGACACCUCUCCACCUAGCAGCUCUGAAAAAUGACCUGAAUUUUGCAAAACUGUUGUAUGAGUUUGGCGGGGACGUGUACAAGAGGAACUAUGAUGGACAGACGCCCAUGGCAACAGCUAAAAUGGUAGAAGACAGGAGCAGGCCGUUGUUAGAUUUCCUUCAAGAAGAAUCAAGAUGUUGCAGAAGUCUACAGAACCUCUGCCGCCUGACGAUACGAAGAGCAAUUGGCCACACCCGUCUGGACAGAAUCCACCAACUGCCCUUAUCCACCGUCAUGCUGGACUUUCUCAGGCACAAGUUUGAAGACUGGUGGUGUGCACUGAGCAUGGAGGUGCAGAUCAAGUUUUUCCUGCAGAUCAAGGAAGUACAAAGCGGUGUAAGAUGGCGGCGUCCUGAUGAGGUAAAAGCCUUAGGAUCAGUUCUGAAAGAGAAGAGUGACCCAGCCAUGCCCAAGUUGAGGCCCAGGAAGAGCGGCAAGCAUGCCACGUGUUCCCAGGAUGCCCUGAAGCUUCAGGAGGCGGUGCGGGGAGGGAAGAUCGCGCCGGUUCGGUCGCUGCUGCAGAAGGGUCUGAGCGUGAACCAGCGCUGCGUGUACGGGUUCUCUCUCCUGCAUGGAGCCGUGGUCAACAGUCAGCUCAGAUGUGUCCGACUGCUGCUGGAACAUGGUGCCUGCGCCUAUGUUAAGGACUACACUGGCGGGUACACGCCGCUACACUUUGCCGCCAAGUACGUUCUGACUCGUAUCGCUCAGGUCAUCCUGCAGUACGACGAUUCGGAGCGCGUGGUGAACGCGAGGGGACGGGACGGGCUGACCCCCCUGCACAUCGUGGCCGCCUGCGGGAAAGAAGAGUGUGCCCUUCAGUUCAUGCGCCUUCUGCUUGAGUCAGGAGCGACCAUCGACCCUGUGACAGACUUUGGUUUUACCCCACUCCUCAUGGCAAUAAAGUUCCGCAGAUAUUCCUGUAUAAAGACGUUGGUGGAAUGGGGCGCAAACGUGGACCUGGAGAUGGGACUGCCCAUCAGGUAUGCAGUAGCAAACAAUGAUCACAAACUUCUGAGAAUACUACUGCAGAAUGGAGCCCAGUGUAACUACGGGGGCCCAAAGACGGGACAGACGCCAUUACAUUUGGCAGCUAUGCAAAACAAUGUGGUUUUAGCCACAAGACUCUGGGAGUAUGGAGCAGACUGUAAUGCCAAGAACCAGAGUGAGGAAACACCCCUGGAGGUGGCCAGGAGUGUGGCUGAUUGGGACACACAGUGUGUGCAGUUUCUCCGAGAUGUUACGUAUAAAGCCAGGAGUCUCCAGGACCUGUGCAGACUGACGGUCAGGUCACAGGUCGGACACAAGCGGCUCCACAGACUGGACGAACUGGACAUCACCAGGGUCAUGCUCAACUAUCUCAAACACAAACACUGACCACUCGUCAUGGAUGUACCAUUUCAACCCUCCUGGCUCUAGUCUAACUGCGCAGUUUACUCACUGUCUGUUUAGUACCAAAUUCUAGUUCUGAUAAAGAGCAUUACAAGUAUGUAUUUUGAGAGAUAGUGUAGCUAUUUAUACGCAUCAGGGCUAGGAUAAAGGUAAGCUAUCUAGUAUGACAGCUAAGUUUACUUCCAAACAUCAAGACUUAGGGUAUAUUUCUACAUUGCACAGACUUGGGAUACUCUAUUUUAUAGGUUCAUUUGUUACCCCAUUAUAAUAUAUGAAUUACCGUAAGCUAAUGCUGCUGUUGUUGUUGCCUUAACUUUUCUGGAAUAUCACCAUGAAUUUUUCAGCCCUGAGAAAGUACAAUGUAGAUGUUAAAAGGUGAAUCAACAUCAGCUAUGGAUACAUUUGUAUUACCAGUACCAGAAAAUGAAAUAAAAUACAAUACAAGAUGGAAAUGGAAACAUUUUAAAUUCCUUUCUGGCUACAAUGCUAUGUUUCACUUGAAAGAUUGUUCCAUAUGCUGUGCCUUUUAGAAGCAUUUGAACAAGGAUAACCCCUUCUUUAGUUAACAAGGAUUGUAUAUAUGAGGUCAUGUGCCUUUUGCCAUUUUUGACAAGUACACUAAAGAAUACUCCAAAAGAGAAAUGUUUGUACAUCACUUUCUAAGAACAUGAAUAAAAUAUUCAUGACUUUGUUUUGUGUACAGUAUUAAUGAUAUUGGGAAAUAUUGGAGAUAUAUUUACCUUAAGGCAUGAAUUUAUGUCUGGAACUAACUUUUGCCUAGAAAAUUCUGCUAGGUAAAUAUACAUUCCCUCUAUGAUAUAACUUUUACCAUAAGAUAUUUUUGUUCUAUGAACUGUUUCUUUGAGUUGACUGUACAAAAUCUCUAAUAUAUAUUACAUAGCCAGCAUUAAACAACAAGAUUAUUUCUUAUGGUGAGUGAGUAACCCUCUUUGCCUGAGUCAGAAUUUUGAGUGACAAGCAGUUGGUUCAGAACAAAAUGUGAAGAAAUGUGAUUGGUCAAAUGUUAAUUGCAUCACAAUGUAAGUGCACUUAGUCAUGAACUAUGGCAAUACGAUAUGCUCUCAGAUGUAUUUCAGAUUUGUGGUCACCCCUUUUGUAUGUGAUACAAAGUACAUGUACAUGUAUUUUUAGGGUGGGGUAAAAUGCAUAUGAAAUUGAUAGACUACAUUAUACAUGAAAUUGAUAGACUACAUUGUACUACUAUUAUUGUUCAGCACUCUCCAAAACAGUAUACCUGUAUUUUGUUGAAUGAAACAAUAAAACAGUGUUUGAAAACAUUAAGUUGAAUACUAACAAAAAUGCAAUUUGAAUACUGUAUGAACUUUUGUGAGCUUGUUGGCAAAAUGAUGGCAGCUGAUUACUAGUAUAUUAAAACCUUGCCUUGACUGUAUUUAAGAGUGUACAAAUGAGUUCUUCCUUACUUAUUCUGUUCUAUUGUUUCAUAACUGUUUUCUGUCAAUCCAUUACAUCAAUAUAUAAUGGUGAAUGUGAA